GAGGGGCUUUCGACAGAGCUGAAAAUGAAAGCAGAUAAGAUUCACGAAUAAAAGUCUGAGGAAAGAAAAUCUGAUUCAUUGGGUUAAGCAGAUCAAGUCCAAGAUGCAGCUUUAUGGAACUCUGGUCCUAUUUCUGACCUUCUCUGUUGCAUGUGGAUUGAGAUGCUACUCAUGUACAGCAACUGAGCCUGAAUCCUGCACAGACACCAAAGCCUGUACUGUGAUUUUUAACCGAUGUUAUUCUUUCAAGGUAGAAGGAGUGAAUAUGGUUACCAAAGGCUGCAUGGCCAGCGCAACAUGCACUGAUCCUAUGAAGUGCUGUGAAGGGGACCUGUGCAAUGGUGCCAUACCUACUGGGCCCGGUCUCAUCCUGCUGCUUCUGUCUUCAGCCCUGAUGAUGCUUUUUGUUUAACUAUGCCUGUUUUCGAGAAAUAUGCUUUAAAAUAACAUACCCAAAAGGAUUUGAAUAUAUCUCAAGAACUACAGAGUUUAUUUUACAUUUUUUGGUAUCAAAAUAAAGGCAAGACCCCAGAGAAUAUGUUACAGGUCUAAAAACCAUCUUGGGGCGAGUGCUGAGGACACAAAUUUGGGUCCUCAUGUUAUGAAAAGGUUAAGGCUUUAAAAUGUUUGGGUUUUUUCUGCAUUGGUCUAGUGUUUGAUCUCUCAGCAGCUAUGCUGAAAUGACAAUAAACAAGAAGCCAGGA